CUGGGUUGGGAUGGGUUGGCAUGAGAUGAGAUGAGAUGAGAUAAGCUGCGGGUGCGGGUGAUGUGUACGGCGUUCCACUUUCUAUCUUUUUUUUUUCUUAUUUCUUUUCUUUCUUCUUUUUUUCUUUUUCUAUCUUUGAUUGAUGUUCUCCACGGACAACUGGUAUACCUGUCUGGCUGUAAAUAUCAAAAUGGGCGAUCUGAUGCGGGUUACGGUUACGGUAAAUGCGAAUUGGGAAUUGGGAAUUGGGAGUUUCGAGAUGGAUUAUGCGUGACGACGUCUAUAUACACAUGCCGCUGCCAUCUGGCAGUUGGAACUUGGGGUAUGUAGGAUGUGGGUAGGA